UGGAAAACUAAAUCUCAAAAAUAAACGUACCCCCAAUAUCAUUGAUAAGUUUAUUACCAAUUAAUCCUUUUAAGUUGAUCCAUCAUCAUAUUAUCAUCUUUUUGUAAUAUUAGCAUAGCAUAGAAGUUUCACAUACAAGUAGCAUUCAUUACCAUUUCUUCUUCUUCUUCUCAUUCGUUGUUUUUAUCAUAGCAUUCAAUAGAUACCUCCUCGUCAAACGAACAAAAAAAUCAUGAGUUAUAGAACCAACACGGCAUUACCAUCCUCGAAGAAAACUCAUUCAGAGAAGCAUAAACAAAUCUUAAAACAAUUAUUAAGAGAAACAGCCAAUAAGUCAUGUGCCGAUUGUAAAGUUACUAAGAAUCCAAGAUGGGCAUCAUGGAAUUUAGGUUGUUUUGUAUGUAUCAGAUGUUCUGGAAUUCAUAGAAGUAUGGGAACUCAUAUUUCUAAAGUUAAAUCAGUUGAUUUAGAUGCUUGGACUGAUGAUCAAAUUGAAAAUAUGAUUAAAUGGGGUAAUGAAAAAUCAAAUUACUUUUGGGAACAAAAAUUACCUGAAGGUUAUACUCCUGAUCAACUGAAAAUUGAAAGUUUUAUAAGAACUAAAUAUGAUAUUAAAAAGUGGGCUGGUUCAACUAUAGUUCCUGAUCCUUUAACUAUUAGUAUUCCAAAUUCAACAUCAACUACAACUUCAAGUGCAUUAUCCAACAAUUCUACUUCUUCAUCCUUAUCUUCAACCACUUCAUCAUCAACUACUUCAACUUCAAUUAAAGCCCCUCAACCAAAAUCAGCAAAUUUAUUAGAUGAUGAUUUUGGUGAUUUUACUUCUUCACCAUCUUCAACUCCAACCCCAACUCCAAUUCCUUCAUCAACAGCUUAUGGUCGUUCAUUACCAAAAGCAGCAAGUACUACUGCCAAUUUAGCUCCACCUAUACCAACUCCACCUCAACCAAGAUCUCAAUCUGCUCAAUCUACCGGGGGAAGUAUAACUAGUAAUGGUAGACCUGAUCUUAAGAAAUCAAUCUUAUCAUUGUAUUCAUCCCCUUCAGCAUCAACUAGUUUUCUUCAACCUCAACAAUCAGUUAGAAAUCAAUCAUUUAGUCCAUCAUUAGCUUCUCCCUCACCAGUAUCCAAUAAUCAUAAUAAUAAUAAUUUAAAUAUCAAUUCCUUAUCUAAUUCAUUAAGUGGCUUACAAUUCGGAGGUACUUCCACAUCAUCAACCAUUAAGCAAACUCCAUCAAAUAUAAGUUCAAGUUCCAUCAAUGCCACCCCCAUUAAUAACAAUAAUAACACUUUAUCGUCAUCUUCAACUUCAAAUAAUUCUUGGAAAAAUGAAUGGAAUGAUUCAUCUUCUUCAUCAUUAAAGAAUCAAUGGAAUCAACCUGUUAAAACCACCAAUUCAAAUAAUAUUGGAUUAGAUGAUGAUUUAUUUAAGAACGUUUGGGAUUAAAUCUUGAAGAUCUUUCGUUUUUAAAAGCAUUUAUUUAAUUCUAUACAAAUUUAUUUAUAUAAAUAUCUUAUAAAUAAACAAUCUUUUUUAAA